AUAACAGCGGCAUUAGUGUAGAAAGAACACACAACAAAACCAUGUGUUCUACUCGGCAGAAUUAAAAAAUAACAUUGUUAUAUUCAAUCUAAAAUUUGUGGAAGUGGAAAAAUUAUGUAAUCAACUAAUUUAAACUGUUGAAGCUUUAUACAUCUAAAUUAGGUCAUGCCGAGCUGCGUAUUCUGCACCGAGGCGAGUGUCCCCACGACAGCGACGACCACGACGAUGGAUGCGUUUCCAUUUCUCUGCGCCCAGCUUGAAGUGCAACCACGUGAUUCAUCACCGGCGGCGUUAUGUUCCACGUGUCACUCGGCGUGGGAGGAGGUCACCCUGCUCUACGCCAAUGUGCAAGGGCUCCUUAACCUGGUCGGCAAGAGGGUCACUGAUAUUAAGGAAAGGGUCAAAGACUCUAAUUAUUCGCCGAAAGGAAAGCGACCCAGGCGAAAUGUUUCGGCACCUGGGCCGGAGGUGAUGAUGAACUGGUGGUAUCCAGCCUCCCCCAGGGGACCAACUAAUAAUACCGACCCUCACGAUGAUGACUCCAACGACAUAAAAAUGGAAUCAAUCGAGAUUGACGACGGUCUCGAUGCUGCUGCAGAUUUGGACUUCGAAGAUGUCGAAAUCAUACCGGAUAAUGAAGAUCAUGAUGAUGAUUCAAAUACGGAUGAUGAACUGACGCCAACGCCCAACAGGGCUCGUAAAUCUCGUAAAAAAUUAUCAAAUCCGCAAACUUCACUUCCACAAAGUCACGGUGAGAUUCAAAUCUUGACCUCACGGAAAGACAGACCACUCCUAUCGCUGGACGGCAACCUUUUCCAGUUGGACAGAAAAGCAUCCACCAAAAUAUUUUGGAGGUGUGCCCAAUUUCAAAAGUAUAAAUGCAAAUGCAGGCUGCAUACGAGUGUUAAUUUAAGCCAGCCUGCCCUCCUCCUGCAAGUCGGAGAUCAUAACCACGAACCUAAAUCGGCCGCCUGUGAAGUUAAGAAGGUCAUGACCAAGAUUCUGCAGGCGGCGAGUAGUUCGUCAAUUCCGGCAGAGCAACUCAUCGCGAAUGAGAUGCAGCAAAUGCCGGAUAGAAGUCUGGGUCACAUGCCGAAGCCACAAAGUAUCAAGAGGUCAAUACGAAGGGUCAGAGCGGUUGAGAAGAGGGCGUCGCUUUUGGAAGAAGCGACGUAGAAGUACAGAUAAUGUUUUUUUGUGUCCUUUUUGGUUUGAUUUUGUCCGAGUAAGAUUUUGCUACUGAAGUUUUUCAAAUGUUUUCUUUGUCGAUCUAGAAAUGAAGACUGGUUUUUUGUAUAUGUACAUAUUUACAUAUAUAAGCGUUUAAAUUUGCAAAAACAAGUUCCUUUUAUGAGUUGUACAUGAUUGAUUGAAUAUAUUUUCUAUUCUCUGGUUUACACAAA